AUGUCCUCCCCCAGAUCCCCUCGGCGGUCCACAGAGAGCCUGGAUAUACUGUCGCCUGCUCCGCCACAAAACCAAUAUCCGUUCCCUCAGCAGAAUGACUGGGUCAGCCGGCCGAGCUCCACCGGUGGGCGCUAUCAGCCACGUCGCGGGUCCACGGCCAGCUCAAUACACUCGGUCGGCGGAGUGCUUGACAGUGGCUUCAAGAACAGCAUGGGUGCCGUGAGGGAACAGAACCAGAAUGCCAUAUCCACCUUGUUGCAGCCUCCAAUUGUGAGGACUGGCAUGCUCCCACACACGGCAGCUCAGGUAUCAGCAGGACAACGACCGCCUUCCGCCAAAGACAUCCCACCCGUGACCCUCGCAAACGUGCCCCACGUCGAGCCAUCGGCCUUCAAUCCAUACCUGUCGCAAGUCGGUGGUCUCUAUGAAGCCUUCCAGCGCGCAAAGGCCGAGGCCGAGGCUGAGGCAGCGCAGCCAGUCCGGAGAGGCUCGAAGAAGAGUGACCGGGCAGAGAGCCUGGAGCGAGGCAUACAUGUCUCCUCGCCAGCAGUGACGCCACAGCUUUCAGGUGCUGCCUUCUCCCCGAACAGCUCCCCAAAACCAAAGCGGCGAACAAGCGGCUCCAAACGCGCCCCACCUGCAGCCACACCCCUCUCGACCAUACCGACCGUAUACUUUGACGAGAACUUCCAUCUCGAGAACCCACGCACGUUCGACAUUGUAAGCGAGCGUUCCGAAGUCGUACGACCAAUACGGACCAAAAGUGACGAUGUCGAUUUCACCAAUGGAUCGUUGGACGCGCCGCAAGUACAGGGAAGGAAAGCUUUGGCAACAAACGCCAUCUUGCAAGAGAAGCUAUCUUGGUACAUGGACACAGUCGAAGUGCACUUAAUUUCAGCCAUCUCCUCAGCGUCAACAUCUUUCUUUGCAGCAUUAGGGUCUUUGCGCGAAUUACAGUCGGAAGCCUCGGAGUCUGUCGCGCGGAUCAAGGGCUUGAGGGAAGACCUCAAGAGACUGGACGAACAAAUGGCAAUAGGGGGCCUGAAAGUCGUGGGAAUGAAGAGGCGGCGGCAGAACCUACGAAGACUGACCAAUUCGGUCGAUCAGCUACAGGCCGUUAUUGUAGGGCUGUCGCACUGUGAUGAGGUAGUCAACAAGGGCGAGCUUGAGAUGGCCAUGACACGACUGGAUGCCGUGGAACGAUUAAUCACAGGCGCCCUUGACACGACAGAUCCUGCCUAUGUGUCGUGGUUGAAUGCAAGCUUACCUCCAGACAUCAUCGAUCUGCGCGGGCUGAGGGCCAUGGAGGGUGUGUUUGAUGGGAUACAGGAGCUGAAGUUCCGCGUCGGACGAGGCUUCGAAGCCCGUUUCGUGGACACACUGCUAACGGAUCUGCGGGAACACGUGAAAAGCGUGCCAAGCCAGCACACUCUCGAGAGAUGGGUCACAGCAUCUUCCAAGGCGCGUGGCAUUCAACAAAAGGCAAAAUCUACUUUGCCAGCAUACCUGAACACGAGCGAAAAGUUGCGCUCGGAUCUACGAGUCAACCUGUAUGGUCUGAGCGGAGCACAGUUCACGAAUCAAGCCAGUGCCAGUUUCCGCGAUGCCAUCAUGAAAGAGAUGAAGACUAUCAUUCGCAAGUACCUUCCAAGCUCAUCGGACGACGAUGCAGAGUCAAUGACAUCGGUAUCGACAAGAGGUGGACGGGGCCACAGUCAGCAGGACAAGAACUCGAUUCUGGCACGUAAUUUGCGCGCAAUGGAUCCCGCCGAUGCGGAGGAAUUCUUCACCAACAUCUUUACAGACGUUGGGGAAGUGCUUCGUCGACUGAGCACUCUGGUCAAAGUCCUGCUUGAUGUCACUAGCGGUGUUUCCACGCCGCCACUAUCUGCUGGUGGCCUUCGCUCUCCAAGAAGUCCAUAUAUGCACAAUAUUGACAGUUACAUGGGCAACGGAACUCCUGCGCCAGCCUCGAAUGAUCUACAGAUGGAGCUUAUGCAGGCCUUGGACAUGUCAAGUUUACUUGGCCAGGCCGUGGAUGCUGCUCAAACGCAGAUCACAAAGCUCCUCAAGGUCCGAUCCGAAGCCACUGCCAAUCUUCCUCUAGAGCGCUUUUUGAGAUACUUCAAUCUGUGUCGACUGUUUGCGGAUGAGUGUGAGGCAGUGUCGGGACGGUCUGGGGCAGCACUGAAGAGCAUCGUCAACAACCACAUCACCGAGUUUGUACCCAAAUUUGGUGACUUCGAAAAACAGGAGCUGGCAAAGGCCAUGGACUCUGAUCGAUGGGAGCCUAAGGACUUUGAAUCUGAUGACACCGAAGUACUUGCGCGCAUACUGAAGGGUAUGGAGAGCGACCCACCAAGUUGGUCAGAUGCAGGCGACCUUCUACGAACAAUUGAAGUGCCCGCCACGAAUGGCGACUCGACAGCCACGAACGGAGCUGCGGAAGAGAAACCCAAAGAGAAGAGCAAGACCACCACACCCGCCAUCGUCGACGAAGAAAAGUAUACCAUCUCAAGCUCGUCUACGUUUGUGCUGCGCGGCAUCGAGCGCUUUGAGAUCCUGCUGUCUGCGAUACCGAGCAUGACCUCAGAGGUUUCUUCUUCUCUCUGCGACUACAUCAAGCUCUUCAACUCGCGCCUAUGCCAACUCAUUCUUGGCGCCGGCGCAAUGCACUCUGCUGGCCUCAAGAAUAUCAACACCAAACAUCUCGCUAUCGCAUCGCAGACAUUAUCUUUUGUCAUUGCAAUCCUGCCUUACAUACGCGAGUGCGCGCGCCGACGCAUAGCUAACGCAGCAAACAAAUCUGCCAUCGGCGAGUUUGACAAUGUGAAGCGUCUGCUACAGGAUCAGCAAGUCUCUAUUCACGACAAGCUCACCGAUAUCCUUUCUGGUAGAGCAACCGUGCACAUGCGCAGCUUGAAGAAGGUCGAAUGGGACACCGAGGCAGAAGCAAACAAGGAUGUCAGCAGUAGCAUGGAGAGCUUGACCAAAGACACCGUGACCAUGCACAAGGUGAUCAACAAGUAUCUGAGUGAGAUGCAAGUCAGGAUGAUCAUGGGGCCGGUGUUUGAAAGCUAUCGCGAGCAAGUUGGCAGAGUCAUUCAGGAGGCGGCAGUGAAGACCCCUGAAGGCAAAGCAAGACUUCUACGCGAAUCGAAGCUCUUCGAUGCCAAACUUGGUCCUAUCGAUGGCGCUGGCAACGUUGGUGCAUACCUCAUUGGAUUAGUUGUCAGCAAACAAGUUGCACAGCCCGCGCAAGCAAAACCCAAAACAGAGGUUGAGAAGAGCGAGGAGAAACCAGAGGCAGCGGAAAACGCAGCGCAGAAGUCGACAGCCGACGCUUCAUGAAUGGCGUCACAUCCUAUAGCACCGAAGCACUAACUGCCAUGUUGACACUGCAACACACAAGCGUGACUGGAACACGCUGUCACCAAAUCUAAAUGCGCACGAAGGAAGAUGCGCAUCCCGAAUUUACAGUAACCCACCCAAAGCUCUAGAACUUCGCAGUCCUUGCACAUGUGCAAACAGCUCCGCAUAGGCAAAGCGCGACGCAGCGUCUUCGUAUGAAGCAAAGACCUCAAUGACAUUCUCAUGUAUAUC